CGCAAACACAGUCUCUUUCCCUCCCUCUGUUCUCAUCCUCGGUACCAGUUGUUUUCAACAAGCUUGUGCAGUCACAGCGUGCACAGCUGCUCUCUCCCCGUUUGCGAUUUACAAGCGGAUUCCUACCUCUGUCUCAGUAUUUUAAGAGUGGGAAAUUUUGCAUUCCCUCGUAAGACCAAUCAUGCCACACAAUUCAUAAACUUUUAAAAUCGGAGUUGCUGUUUGGAUGUACGCCAUGCGCCUGCAACCUGCGCGGGCUGGCUUGGACUUUUCUGAUCGGAUGCUGUGCUGAGAAAUGCAGUUGGCGCCGUUGUUCCCAUGGCUUAUUAUCCUUUCCAAAUUCGCGGACCCGGUGCCUUGUCCUUAUCAGCCUUCCUUUCCAGCGCACAGCCUUCUUUUCCCGCCGCGCCGACUUUUCCGGACGUCGGGUCCUUCUCCAAGUCUCUGUCAGAGCAGGCACCCCCUGACGCGGGGCUGCACGCAGGUCUGGGGUGCCAAAAUGAGGCCGUUCAGCAACGUUCCUUGAAGAGACUUGAGCCAGAAGAAUGGUUGGACGAGGACCCGAAAGUUACGCUGGAAUCAAAGAACUUGUGGAGUGAAUUUCACAAAAUAGGAACUGAAAUGGUUAUCACAAAAUCAGGAAGGAGGAUGUUUCCCCCUUUCAAAGUGCAAGUAGAAGGGCUGAAUGAAACAGCCAAGUACAUCUUGCUGAUGGACAUUGUCGCUGUCGACGACUGUCGCUACAAGUUUCACAACUCCCGCUGGAUGGUGGCUGGAAAAGCUGACCCAGAGAUGCCAAAGCGCAUGUACAUCCACCCGGACAGUCCGUCUAAAGGAGAACAAUGGAUGAGCAAGCCUGUUGCCUUUCAUAAACUCAAACUCACCAAUAACAUGUCCGAUAAACAUGGGUUUACAAUUUUGAAUUCCAUGCACAAGUACCAACCCAGAUUUCAUAUUGUGAAGGCGAAUGACAUAAUGAAGCUUCCUUAUAGCACCUUCCGGACUUAUGUUUUCCCAGAGACAGAGUUCAUCGCUGUCACUGCUUAUCAAAAUGAAAAGAUUACACAACUAAAAAUUGACAACAAUCCCUUUGCCAAAGGAUUCAGAGAUACAGGAAAUGGGAGACGUGAAAAGAGAAAUAAACAGUUAAACAUUUCUUCACUGAAUGGGAACCAAAGCAAAGCAGACCAGGACUUUGCUGAUUCUGAUGAUUCCUAUGAGCAGCCCAGUACCAGUGAGCCUUUUUAUUCCCCACAACUAAUGAGCAGCCCUCUGAUGUCCACAUCAACUUGUCAAGACGAGACCAACGUUGUCAGUGAUUCAGACGUUGAUCCACUAGAUGACUGCAACGCUGAAGGCAGCUGCUCCAGGAGAGAACACACAUUGGGUUUAAGUCUGAGAAGCGAAGAGAUACUGUGGAACAAGUGUUAUCUCAGAAAGAACAAUCAGGAUGCAACAAAAGCAAGAACAUCAAGCAGCGCUUCACGUGAUAGACAUUCUAUAGGUACGGGUUUAGAAGAGCAAAUGAGUGAAAUCAAAGAUGGGGUCGUGCCUAUGAUGUUACAGUCAUGGAGCGCAUCAUCCUUCAGUGCUGGUCAGCAACCCACUUUGGAUUUCUCAAGUGCACACAGCCAAUUCUCUAGUAGGCUUGGGACACCUUUGUCAUUUCAAUCUGGACAGCUAUCAAUGAAGCCAGAGUUUUUUUCCAAUAUGGGUAUGGAGAAUACGUUUCCCACUUCAUCUGGUAUAAAUGGAUUAAGAAAUGGAAGCCUGUUUUCUGAAAGCAUCACCUCUUCAGCUCCGUUCAAACGUCAACUGUCACAGCAAAUGCUGGCAUCUCAGGGGAUUUCACCAUCACCCUAUGGAGGACUUUUCUCAUAUCCAUACCGCUACAUGGCAGCACCAGGUUCAGUCACACCAGGCCUUUCAUUCUGCACUGCAACCUCGUCGCACUCCAGAAACCAGCAUUACAGCAACUCUCGGCCAUGGGUGCGAUUCAGCCCUUAUCAGAUUCCCACAUCGAUCACCUCAAGCCAAAAUCUGCUAACAUCCAGACUGCCUGGUAGAUCAUAUUUACAGUCUGAGCGAGAAUCAACUCUGGUGUUUGACAAUAACAGCUAUCUAGUCAUAAGACCUAAUAAACCAAAUCCUCCAUAAUAGACUAUUCUACAAGUGAAGUCACAUAUGACAAUCAUUUAAAAUGUUUUGGCAGAAAGUCUAUAUUUUUGCUUCUCUUUAAAUUGAUCAUAUUAUCAUAAACUUAAUAAAGACAGACUUGGUGGCCAGUAUAUUAUACUAGCCUUGGAUAUGCAUGUUUAAUUUAAUAAUUAAAAUAAAUAUUGUACUAGAUUCUACUAAAAGCUACUCAAUGGAAUUCCCAGAACAUGUGCUAUGCAAAAGUCGGUGCCCGGGGUGGAAUUCUUUAGAGGAUGAUAUGAUGUAAUGUGCUUUAAACAUAAAUAAAAACACUAUUUUUACUGCUUUAUUCUAUGUAAAUGUGUAAAUAGUUUUUCUCUUGCAUUUUUUUUUCACAAGAAAGUGACUAAAUGAAGCCUUUUUUCAGAAUGUUUUAUAUUUUAACAAUUAAAUAUGCCAAUGAUAAAUGAGAAAAGUGUUAGUUACAGUGACUAUUUGACAUGUUUCACACUUUCACAUUCUGAUAUACCAAAAAUGUGCAGUGAGCUUGAAAAAACUCAGGACUUUUUGUUUAUCUUCUUUUAAACCAGCACUUAAGAAAUCUCCAGGAGAUGUGAUGUUGUGUAUGAAAUUAUGCAAGUAUAUUGUGUGUUGUGUGUGUGUUUUCACAAUUUACAUAAAGAUGUUGUUCUAAUCUGUAAUAUUUGACUGAAUUAUUUAACGUUAAUUUUGCUUAUUCUGUUUGUUUGUUUGUUUGUUUUUGGGCGGGGUCAUCUUUUGGUGAGUUGUUGAGCAUUGCAACCCUACAUUUCGUAAAAAUAAACCAACAACAAACAAGCAAACAAAAAAAAAAAAAAACUUUUGGAUGUGGUGCUGUCUAUUACUGUUCUUAAAUGCCAGGAUAUUUAAUAUUGAUUUAAGAAGGGAUUUUUCCCUUAUUUUUUUCUCUAAUGGUGAUCAGUUUUAUUUAUGUAGUUACUUUAUUUUUUAAAAAAGCUUUACAUUUUAUUUCUGUACUUCUGUUUUCUAUUUCAGAAAAGGUCAGCCUAUGUGGCUGCUCCUUAUGACCCAUUCUUCUUUGUACUGAUUUCUAGGCAACUGUGGCCUUGGUUGCCCUUUAGACCUUAUAGAACAUUUUUGUCAUCUUCUAAUUUAAGUCACAGUCAAAUGCAUUAGAAGAAAAGGGGAGCUCUUGAACUUAUGGUCUUAAUUCUAAACAAAUUCUUGUGGCAACACAUCUUGGCACUUUUGCUCCCCUCAUCCAACACCCACACCCUUCCAGGAACAAACACUGGCAAGACAAGAGACAGAUUUUAAAUUGGACCGUUAGCUGCAGUGCCCUCAUUUUACUGCCUGCAUAUUUUACAUCUGUCCGCACACAGCAUUACAAUAGUCAUAAAGCAUUUGCAAAUUUAUAAUGGAUAAAGGAUAAAGGUCUAUGGCAUAUGUUAGCUCAACCAUGUGAAAAAAAAAUUAGCUGGACAGUGACACUAUUUGUAAAGUGACAGUGGUUCACAUAAAGUUGAACCACUGUCACUUGGUGACAGUAAAGUUGGCGUUUAAUGACAGGGACAAAUUUGAAGACACUAAAUCAUACUGGGAGAGUGUAAAAAAGGUCAUAUCAGUGUAGGACACACCUAUUUGCAUGUAUACAAACAAAUGUUGAUAGCUGACUGUGUAUUCAAACAAGAUGAUUCACACUGUUUUUACUCUGAGGUUUGCUGGGGCACACUGACAAAUGGCAAAAUAAAUGUUGUCACUAGUUGUCUUGAGACUUAAAAAAGGAAUACUUAAGUCUUCUUAAUACAUUUGUGUGUUAGUGAAUGUUUAGAGCUUCU